AUGGCUGCAUCACCAGAUUUCAAGAAUUUCGGUCCAUCUUCCAACUUCUUGCCAGAACGACAAUCAAUCUUUUCUAAGAAUGGGCAGACCCGUGAGCAUGCACUUCUGGCUUACACCCUGGGUGUGAAACAGCUUAUUGUUGGUGUCAACAAAAUGGAUUCCACCGAGCCACCCCAGAGCCAGAAGAGAUACGAGGAAAUUGUUAAGGAAGUCAGCACCUACAUUAAGAAAAUUGGCUACAACCCUGACACAGUAGCAUUUGUGCCAAUUUCUGGUUGGAAUGGUGACAACAUGCUGGAGCCAAGUGCUAAUAUGCCUUGGUUCAAGGGAUGGAAAGUCACUCGCAAAGAUGGUAGUUCCAGUGGAACCACCCUGUUGGAAGCUUUGGAUUGCAUCCUGCCACCAACUCGUCCAACUGACAAGCCUCUGCGACUGCCCCUCCAGGAUGUCUAUAAAAUUGGUGGCAUUGGGACUGUCCCUGUGGGCCGAGUGGAGACUGGUGUUUUAAAACCUGGCAUGGUGGUGACCUUUGCUCCAGUCAACGUGACAACAGAAGUAAAGUCUGUUGAAAUGCACCAUGAAGCUUUGAGUGAGGCUCUUCCUGGGGACAACGUGGGCUUCAAUGUGAAGAACGUGUCUGUCAAAGAUGUUCGACGUGGUAACGUUGCUGGUGACAGCAAAAAUGACCCACCAAUGGAAGCUGCUGGCUUCACUGCUCAGGUGAUUAUCCUGAACCACCCAGGCCAAAUUAGUGCUGGCUACGCUCCUGUACUAGAUUGUCACACAGCUCACAUAGCAUGCAAGUUUGCUGAGCUUAAAGUUUAG